AUGACCGAUUCAACCAUCAGCCAGGCCUUGCCUGCCUUCAAGGAGCCUUUCACCGCCGACUCGAUCUUCCGCCUCCUUGCCAUCGCUCCCUUUUCGACACCCUUCCUCGGUCUCCUACCGGCGCUUUCGGUUCUCUACCAUAAGCAAAAGAACCCCACGCAAACGCUCCCCACUUCCUACAAGGAUCUCUUUUUGCUUGCCAAGUCGCUUCUCUUCAAUCAGUACAAUUGGGUUGGCUACAUCUGGAUCUUCAUUCUCCUUCGUACCAUCAACCGUACCAUCAACCGUUAUGUGCGAAACCACACCGAGUGGAGACGCGACCCCAUCGACUACUCCAAGGACAUCGUCGUAAUCACCGGUGGCUCGCAGGGCAUCGGCAAGGAGAUCGUUCAGCUCUUGAGUCACAAGAAGAAGGCGCAUAUCGCUGUGCUUGACAUGGCUCCACCUGCCUACCUUGCUGCUCCUCCUGGCGCCCCCGAGAUUCUUUACUUCAAGACGGAUGUCAGCAACCGCGAACAGGUCGCUCAGGUUGGCCAGAAGAUCCGGCAGGCUUUCGGCGGCAAGAAGGUCGGUGUUCUCAUCAACAGCGCCGGUGUUGCAUCGGGCAACACCAUCCUCGACGUCGAUCUCGACUCGGCGGCUCGUCUGUGGCGCAUCAACACGUUUGCAAACUGGAUCACCGCUAAGGAGUUCAUUCCAGAUAUGAUUGCCCGCAACCACGGACAUGUGGUCACUAUCUCUUCUGCCGGUGCUUACGCUACGCUCCCGUCCAUGUCCGAAUACGCAACUUCCAAGGCUGCCGCUCUUGCCUUCCACGAGUGCCUUGCUAUUGAGUUCCGUACACGUUACAACGCCCCUCGCGUCCGUACCACCCUCGUCGCUCCAACCAAGGUGCGCACCGCCCUUGGUGAUGGAAUGGAGGACCACGCCGACCCCUUCUUCACCCCUGUGCUCGAACCCAUUCAGGUCGCACAGAAAAUCGUUUGGACCCUCGACUCGGGUCUCUCGCAGCACCUCAUGCUCCCAGGCUUUGCCCACUUGCUUCCUCUCAUUCGUGCCGCUCCGGACUGGUUCAGGAGAUUGCUUGCCAUCCUCGACAAUGGUGACAACACCGUCACCCACAAGAGUAUGGCACGAGCUAUGAAGAACGGUUACGGAAGCAACUGGGAAGGUGCCGACAAGGAGCUGUACGAGAGGAGGACAAAGGUCAUGGCAGCCAUGAACGGGUCCAAGUAA